UGAAUCGAGGUUAGCUUUUGUAGCCAGAAGAGUUCGAAUGAAACUGACGUUUGGACGGUUUUGUGCACAUGAAACGGUUUCAAACAUUACGGUGGCUUUGGCCUUCCCUACUAAACAUCAAAACAAGAUUAUCUCCUCCCAAAGUCAACACUGACUUGUGGAGUCGGGUUUCUGUGUUAUAGGUUUCUCUAUACAUGCAAUAAACGCAGCAAUAUGUCACAUACUCACAUUUUAUCAUUUUUUUGCAUAUUCUCAAAUCCUGUUUAUUGUCUAUACUUGGUUUUAAUGUGUGGAAGCGACACACGCACGCGCUCUGAAGUUCAGCCGCUGUCCGUGAUGCGCGCCAGACCGUGACGUCACGAGACCUCGCAUUUAUUAUAUGCAAUGUAUGUAAUGUUAAAGAUGCCAGCAUCACAGUUUAGGGAUUCGUUUAUAAACGAAUAACUAACUUAAUUAAACUAUUUCGGCUGAAGACAUCAAACCUUGAUUUUCGAUGGCCUUCCCCAUCAGCCUCUUUUAUGAUAUAAAGUUACUUUAAAAAGCUGAUCCUUAUUGUACCUGUGGAAAGGAAAAAUGGAUCCGACUACGGGUAUGCACAUGUCGUCUGUUCCCCAGAACGCCGAUCUCGUCCAUGUCACUGUCAGUAACCCCAUGAUAUCCAUGUAUCAGCCUCAACCGCAACCUCCAAACAUCACCCAGAUCAUCACGCAGCACGUGGUACCUCAAGAAGUCUCCUGUCAGGCCCUACAACACGCUAUUCCAUCCCACAUCCAAGCGCCGUCACACAUCCAGACUCAGUCUCACCUCCACCAAGUGACACAUCUACAGCCUCAGCAACCUCAAGGCCAUAUUUCAACGCAAGGCCAUAUGACAACACAGGAUCCAUCAGAAGGCCAUAGUGCACAAACAUCUCAGGACUGUGCAGUGAACUCGGUGCAGGUCCCUUUUGCGGAAGUAGCCUCUCUGCUGGACCCUAACAUGAAAAGUUCAAAGGCACGUAAGUACCACAUCAAUUACGAGGAGGUCAAAAGGAGAUUGGAAGCACCCGAGAAGAUGUCGCUCCGGUCUCUGGCCGCCUACACGAGAGUUAGCCGAGGUCCGGCUAGUAAGAAGACCCUACUGGAGUCCCUCAACGUUUUUGGACUGUCACCGAGCACCAACACGGCUGUGUCCAGCUCAUUUUCUAAACUAACCGAAGGUGACACGGCGGCACUUUGCAAAGACAUGAAGGACUUUGCGCUGCAGUAUGUAGAUUAUGAAAACAUGGCUAAACAGUUGCUUCCUGAAACAAACCAGGUGCAACAUUGGUCAAAAAUCAUUGAAACAAGGAACUAUCUUGAGGGGAUGCGUAAAAUGUUCAAUGAACCCGCGAACAGCCACCUGUUCUCCAACGUUACGCACGGCCUCGGUAACGGAAUGAUGGACGUGGCACUUGACAUCAUCGACACCGUCAUCGACAGACAAAUCCGAAUCCUCUCAGGGAACACAGACCCCAAACCCGAACCUCCAUCGAGAAGGAUCAGGAAACGCAACCGUAAGCCCAAAGCUGCCACGGAAGACGGAAAACCUAAAGACAAAAGUAAACGAGGUCGAAAGAAAGGAAAACAGAUGCGUCUGGAUUCCGCCGUUCCAGAGGUUCAACAGUCCACAGAUAUGGAGAGCAACGUCUUAACGUUGGUCUCUGUGGGAUACGAAACUAUUUCAAGCGGACUCAACACCACCAAUACAGGUCUUGCUUGAUAUCACGUGCCGGAGGGGCACAACAAAACACUGUGAAUUCUGAGUGCAAACAUUUUUCACUGAAAAGUUUAGUUUUAUAAUGUUAGGCUCAAGAUUGAAUACUUUUCUCCUUCGGUUUGUUCAAUCACGAAGUAACGUGAGAUGUUGUUCAGUGUGGAACAUCAUUUUUCUUAACGUGAUGUUUUGAGUUAAACUGUAUCAAUCAUUCAUUGAACUUAAAUUUUAUAAAGAGCAAACGUACACAGACAGUGUAUGCUUUUAAAGUAGCAUGCAAACGGAGCACUAUGUUUUAUGUUAAAUUUAAGCGUAAUAACAGUUAAUUUCAUUAAAAUAAUGUUUUAUUCUGUUGUACCUAAUUUUACAAUCAAAGACCAGUUUAGUUUAAAUAAUAACAUAUCUUCUCUAUUGGACUUUUUUGUUAGUUUUCAGACUAUUUAUUUCCAUUUUAUGUCUGUUUUGUAGUGUAUUUGAACAUUUGUACUCAGUAAAUUUGCAGAUCGCUCAUCAUAAGCUUGUAUUAAAGCAUUAACUUUUGUAAACUAUUUGUAUAUUCUUUUUCAAGGAAAGCAAAAGGGUUGAGUUCAACAAGACAUUAAAACGUGUUCAUCA